AUGGCGAGGGUGAGAAUGAUGCAGAUUAUUACAUUCCUUGUGGCCACCCUUUGGGCUUUUGUUAAAUCCGAAAUCGUGACAACUCCGACCGGCCUGGAGAAAAAGUGCGGUGACUGCCCCUGCAACAACCCCUGCACCACCACUCCCCCGCCCCCACCGCUGGAGAAGAAGCCGCCGAGCAGCAACUGCCCGCCACCACCUAGCAGAGGCGGCCGAAACCCGCCAUACAUAUACGUAAACGGUCCCCCGGGAAGCGUCUACUCGGUUUAUUCCUAUUAUUCCGGUUCGUCUCGGGGGAACCCCCUGCCAUUCCUCAUUGCUGCUGCUAUCUUUUGCCUCUUCUUACCUAUCUAA